AUGGGCCGUGGUCACUAUACUAAGUGUGCUCGUAAGGACGAGACUACUCAGUCUACUUCAGCAACAGUCAAGACCCCGAAACAUACUGCCACGAUGCAUGAUGCUCCCCACAAUGAGGCCCAGCUGCCUCGCCCUGUUGUUCAGGCUUCUGUUACCGAUGCGAAUCAAGCCUCGAACAACCCGGACAACCAGCUCGCCGCCUCUGAGUAUAAGCUCCUGGACCUCCUCGGCGACAAGAUCAAUGCUCUUGGCAGCUUCUUGCUCGACAUGAGAGACAGCACCACCGAGACCAACCCCCUCGAUCGCAUCAACGACGCUGCCGCCGACUUGGCCAACACCCUCCGCGGCCUCUGGGUAGGUCAGGAGACAACCAUCAAUGAUGGCCCACAAACACAAGCCAACCGCCUUCACGACCUCACCAAGCUCCUGUUUCCCCAACCCUCCCCAGCAACAGAAACUAUAACCAACACCCAAAUCAUGGCCAAGCUCGACGAGAUCACCAACCGGCUUGCUGACAUGGAGGCUCGAUCUCAGGGCGAGCUCACGCUUGAUGAAUUUGACCGUAUGAUGGAUAGAUUCGAUGAUAUCAACGAGAGGUUUCAUCUGUUGAACAGGAGUGUUGCUGACAUCAGGCGGAUGCACAACGGUGACUUGCAGACUUUGAGAGACGACUUUUCCAUGAGGAUGGAAAAGCACCAGAAGGAGGUGGAGGAGCGGUUGGAUGAGGAUAUGGGUGCGAUGCAGAAGUACAUUCAUGACAGGUCUGGCGAUUUUAUUGAGGACAUGGCUGUGAGGGUGAAGGAUGUGGUUGGUCGGGAGAGGGAGGUUCAGCUUCAGGAGUUGAGGGGUUCAAAGACGGCUGUUUUGGCGGCUGUUGGGGGAAAGGGGGAGGAGAAGACUGUGAAAGAGGUCCCGACAUGUCGAUGGUGUCCCAAACCCGUUCCGUUUCCGUUUCUCCAGCCUUGUGCAUGUGAGCGCCAGAGAAAGAGCGAUCGCAAUCCGAAGCCAACGGGUGCUACUUUCUUGCUCUCCAAGCCACCCGCAGACAGUGGCCUCAUCCAUAGGGAGCACUACACCGAGAUGCAUGGCUUAUUUAGCGCCACUAGUCUUCGGGCGACGCAGCCCGCCGUCAGGAAGCCCUUCUGCACACCCGGCCUUUUCUCAACAACAACCCCCUCCUCCUUGCCGGGAGCGAGCCCUUUCCUUGGCUCCAGAUCAACACGCUACCCCGGCAUCCCGUCAGGAUCCAAUAUUUAUCGCGCACCAAUCCAGAACGGACCCAACAACAACCCUCAGGUAUCCUCUGUGAGGCCCGACACCUUUGCGCAACAGGAACAAGAUGAACCCAACACCUCUACCACCAUCCCUCGCCUGCAACCCAUGCCUCAUGACCCCUCGACCAAGGAACACGGUCAAGGCCGUAGCCUUCCGCCACUCUUUUCCCCUCCGAGACCAGAGUACCCUGGUUUGAGCCUUACCCCUGCUGGGACCUUCUACUCUCCACCGGGCCCCAUGCCCAAACCCUCCACCUACCAAGCGUUACCAAAGGAUGACAUCCCCGCCAACUCCAAGAUGAACGCCGCCUCGUCGAGCCACACCUCCACCACCGGUCUUCCACCCAACAUCUUCGCUGCACCAGCUAAAUUUCCUGCGUAUGGAGGCUAUGGUAACAAGAAAGAUGUCGGGGAUAGAAAGAUGGGCAUUCUGGGAAAUGACAGGGGGUCUGGGCUGAGCGAGGUGGGGAAGAAGGAGACGAAGGAGACGAACCCGGAGUCGGUUGCGGCUAUGGAAAAGCCGGAGGCGGGUACAGUGGUGGAAUGGAAGGAGGUGGAGGCAUUGCGGGCGAAGAAGCGGGAGGAGGUGGAGGCAUUGUGA